UAAGCCUUUGUAGAACCCUCGUCUUCUCUCAUCCUCAAUCUCUGCAACUGAAACUUCGCUUCCAUCUUCCAUUUUCGGGUUCUUCCCUCUUCUCUUUGCAUUUUUACGGCCAUGGCUUCCUCCUCCGCCUUUGUCUUCGUCGUCCUCGUCGCUUUAAUCGCCGGCUCCUUGGGCCAGGCUCCGGGCGCUGCACCGGCCUCUUCUCCAACCAAGUCGCCGCCGGUCUCCUCGCCUAAAUCGGCUCCUUCGCCUACUGUGGCGACUCCUCCGGCUUCAUCACCGUCUUCGUCCCUUGCUCCGAGCGGCGCGGCUCCAUCUCCUUCCACUGGAACUUCACCACCUGCUAUGUCGCCGGCUACUUCUCCACCGGCUCCGCCUACUGCUCCUUCGGAGUCACCAGCACAAACUCCAGUUCCAAAUCCUUCGAUCUCAACUCCUCCUGCUCUGGCUCCGUCGCCGGCCUCCACUCCUGGCAAUGGUGGUGCUGUGAACAGAAUCGCCGUCUCUGGAUCUAUCAUCGUGGCUGUAAUUUCCUCUGCUCUACUGCUUUAAAUGUAAUCGGUCUGUCUUCACUCUUGGCUCUCCUCUGGAGACGCAGAUCUUAGGGUUUCAUUAUCGGCAUUAGUCGUUGCUGUAGUUUUCUUAGUAUAUUUUUUAUUUACUUUUAUUUUUGGUGUACUUAGGAUCCGAGAGGAUUAGACGGUGACCGCUUCAUGAUUGUUGUCAUUUAUUUGGAUUUCUUGGUUUUACUGUUCUCGAGUCGAUUUGCUUCACUCUCAUUGUCAUUACUAUUACUUAUUAGAUCUCAUAUUCUCUCUUAA